ACCUACGCAAUAUGGCCGCCCGAUUUGCAUACUGCUGGUAGUAAGUUUUCAUAGGCGUGUCAGAGCUGUGGCAGCUAUAUAUUUAAACACUAGAGCACAGAUAUUCCACUGCAUAUAACUUUGACCGCAGUGUUAAUCGUCCAGCUUGCUGAAGGACAUGGGAGUAUUAAGCAAAACAUGGGCUUUGGUUCUCGAUCUCGGGACAAUAUUAUCAACGAGCAAGCAUGUCGUGACGAAGGGAGCACCCAGGUUUCACUGGAGGAGCUACAGCAAAUAUUUACAGAGAAAAGCAUCUGGCAAUACUGGAUUUUUGUUCACCUUUCCAGUUUUGCCUUAUCUUGGAUAUGAAGCAUACAGACACAUGAACCGCUCCUGCACAGUUUAUGCACAGUUUAAAGUUGAAGAAGUCAUCGAACAAGCUGAUUACCUUUAUGGCAGUGGAGAAACAGAAAAGCUUUAUCAUCUGUUAGUAAAGUACAGAGACAGUGACAAUGCUGAGUUUCUAUGGCGACUAGCUCGGGCUUCACGGGAUCUGGCUCUUCUAAGCAGCACAUCUGCAGAAGACAGGAAAAGACUGAUGUAUGAAGCCUUUGAUUAUUCAAGGAAUGCACUAGAGAAAAAUGAAUCUAGCUCCGCAGCACACAAGUGGUAUGCUAUUUGUAUCAGUGACAUUGGAGACUAUGAAGGAACUAAAAUAAAAAUUGGAAACGCUUAUGUAGUAAAAGAACAUUUACAGAGAGCUAUUGAGCUAAAUCCAAAAGAUGCUACUGCAAUCCAUGUCUUGGGCCUGUGGUGCUUUGCCUUUGCGGAACUACCUUGGUACCAGCGCAAAAUAGCUGCCAUGCUGUUUGCAUCACCACCAAGCUCAACGUAUGAAGAGGCUCUUGGCUACUUUCUCAAGGCUGAAGAAGUUGAUGCCAAUUUUUAUAGCAAAAACUUGCUAAUGCUGGGAAAAAGCUACAUGAUGCUGAAGGACCAGAAGUCGUCCCUCUUGUGGCUCAGCAAAGCUAAGGACUACCCAGCUCACACAGAGGAGGAUAAACAGAUUCAUAAAGAAGCGGUGCAACUUCUCAAAACACUUGGUGGUUAAAACUAUGUGACCAAGCGCAAUCAUGUAACUUCUAUCUACUGUUCAUACUCUUGUUGAAUAGAUCCUUUAUUCCCAUCAAUAAAUGGAUAGAUAAAUCAACACAUACAUGCACUAAACCAGUGCUGCCCAAACACGGUCCUGGAGAGCCCCUAUCCAGUAAGUUUAGUAGGUCACCCUAAAUCACUAAUUUCUAAAGACUGGGAACACAUGGAAGUUAUUGAUCAAUUAAGCAAAUAACUUGUUCAAUUAAGGGAACUAUGGUCAUUGGGCCAGUUUACAUGCUGGGAAAAUGUCAUGACUUACUGUUUACUGUCAUGACUUAUUUAAGGUGGUACGGUCUGGAUUACAAUUUUAGUUAGUUUUGGUUUAUGUUUAGUUUAUGUUUGAAUACAAAUGUAAUAUAUUAUACAAAAAUCAAAUACAACAUGAAGUUUCAAAGCAGGAAUUGUUAAAUUAAACAAACCAAAACUAUCUAAAAUUAUAAUUCAGCUGAACCACCUUAAAUAAGUCAUGACAGUAGACAAUGCUGGGGCAGCAGUGUGGAGUAGUGGUUAGGGCUCUGGACUCUUGACCGGAGGGUUGUGGGUUCAAUCCCCAGUGGGGGACACUGCUGUUCUACCCUUGAGCAAGGUACUUUACCUAGAUUGCUCCAGUAAAAACCCAACUGUAUAAAUGGGUAAUUGUAUGUAAAAUAAUGUGAUAUCUGUAUAAUGUGAAAUAAUGUAUAAUGUGAUAUCUUGUAACAAUUGUAAGUCGCCCUGGAUAAGGGCGUCUGCUAAGAAAUAAAUAAUAAUAAAAUAAUAAUAGACAGAUGAGUCAUGACAUUUUCCCAGCAUGUAAUCCAGGCCAUUGAGUGCUGAAAAGGGUAGUUCAUUUUUUGUACCAAAUGAUCUCUCAAUUACUUCAUUGAGCAAAUCACCUGCUUAAUUGAUCACAAUGAAAUUGUUCCAGAUGUUAAGAAAUUGAUGCUUAAAGGUUACCUAUAAAACCUGCUGGAUCUCCAGGACCGGAUUUGGGCAGCACUGCACUAAACACAAUAGAGAUUAAACAUUGUAUUUCAUUUCCAGGAAGACCCUGAUCUUAAGUCAGUUAGUUAUAGGCAUACUACUGUGAAUGUAUAGUAGUAUUCCUAUAAUAAUCAUCUAUUAAAAUAAGAAGUCAGUUUCCCAGUGUUUCAGUAUGUUUAACAUACCUUUGUCAAUGGAAAGUGUGUUUGAAAAUAAACAGUGGAGGUACUUAUGGACUUUUGAUGCCAUGGCAAUUACACUCAUUUCAAUUGAAAUCUAUUAAUGUGUUUGCUAGAGAUGUAUGUAUGUGUGUAUAUAUAUAUAUAUAUAUAUAUAUACAGUACUGUGCAAACGUUUUAGGCAGGUGUGAAGAAAUGCUGUGAAGUUAGAAUGCUUUCAAAAAUAGACAUGUUAAUAGAUUAUAUAGAAAAGUCUAAAUCAAAUCCAUAUUUGGUGUGACCACCCUUUGCCUUCAAAACAGCAUUAAUUCUUCUAGGUACACUUGCACAAAGUCAUGGAUUUUGUAGGCACAUAGUCAGGUGUAUGAUUAAACAAUUAUACCAAACAGGUGCUAAUGAUCAUCAAUUCAAUAUGUAGGUUGAAACACAAUCAUUAACUGAAACAGAAACAGCUGUGUAGGAGGAAUAAAACUGGGUGAGGAACAGCCAAACUCAGCUAACAAGGUGAGGUUGCUGAAGACCGUUUACUGUCAAAAGUCAUACACCAUGGCAAGACUGAGCACAGCAACAAGACACAAGGUAGUUAUACUGCAGCAGCAAGGUCUCUCCCAGGCAGAAAUUUCAAGGCAGACAUGGGUUUCCAGAUGUGCUGUCCAAGCUCUUUUGAAGAAGCACAAAGAAACGGGCAAUGUUGAGGACCGUAGACGCAGUGGUCGGCCAAGGAAACUUACUGCAGCAGAUGAAAGACACAUCAUGCUUACUUCCCUUCGCAAUCGGAAGAUGUCCAGCAGUGCCAUCAGCUCAGAAUUGGCAGAAAACAGUGGGACCCUGGUACACCCAUCUACUGUCCGGAGAAGUCUGGUCAGAAGUGGCCUUCAUGGAAGACUUGCGGCCAAAAAGCCAUACCUCCGACAUGGAAACAAGGCCAAGCGACUCAACUAUGCACGAAAACACAGGAACUGGGGUGCAGAAAAAUGGCAGCAGGUGCUCUGGACUGAAGAGUCAAAAUGUGAAAUAUUUGGCUGUAGCAGAAGGCAGUUUGUUUGCCGAAGGGCUGGAGAGCGAUACACGAAUGAGUGUCUGCAGGCAACAGUGAAGCAUGGUGGAGGUUCCUUGCAAGUUUGGGGCUGCAUUUCUGCAAAUGGAGUUGGGGAUUUGGUCAGAAUUAAUGGUCUCCUCAAUGCUGAGAAGUACAGGCAGAUACUUAUCCAUCAUGCAAUACCAUCAGGGAGGCAUCUGAUUGGCCCCAAAUUUAUUCUGCAGCAUGACAACGACCCCAAACAUACAACAAAAGUCAUUAAGAACUAUCUUCAGCGUAAAGAAGAACAAGGAGUCCUGGAAGUGAUGGUACGGCCCCCACAGAGCCCUGAUCUCAAUAUCAUCGAGUCUGUCUGGGAUUACAUGAAGAGAGAGAAGCAACUGAGGCUGCCUAAAUCCACAGAAGAACUGUGGUUAGUUCUCCAAGAUGUUUGGGCCAACCUACCUGCUGAGUUCCUUCAAAAACUGUGUGCAAGUGUACCUAGAAGAAUUGAUGCUGUUUUGAAGGCAAAGGGUGGUCACACCAAAUAUGGAUUUGAUGUAGAUUUUUCUUCUGUUCACUCACUUUGCAUUUUGUUAAUUGAUAAAUAUAAUCUAUUAACAUGUCUAUUUUUGAAAGCAUUCUUACUUUACCGCAUUUUUUCACACCUGCCUAAAACUUUUGCACAGUACUGUGUGUAUAUAUAUAUAUAUAUAUAUAUAUAUAUAUAUAUAUAUAUAUAUAUAAGGAUGACAUGGGGUACUCGCUAUUACCCGAAUCCAUUUUCAGCAUUUAAUUCCUCUUCGAAUCUCUUUUUGCUAAACUUGAACGUCUCAGUUUUCCACGCGACCUGUUGUAGCAGAGCCAGUGGUUUUCAACCUGUGGUACGCAUACCUUUACUGGUAUGCGACAGGCUUGCCACUGGUACAUGCCCACAGUUCUUUAUGAUGAUAUGAUUCCUCAAAACACAAUGCUCUGUCAAUCACACCAUCAUGUAUCAAAAAGUAGCUUAAAAUGAACAGUUGUUUAGGAAAUGUAGAACAAGAACAGCAACAAAUAAAAAUACACUUAAGGUUUGUGUCUUGCACACGUGCCAUUAACAAAAUGCCCUGAAAACAACGUGAUUUAAAACACGCUUUCCCUUGACAAAGGUAUGUAAACAUUCUGAAACAUUGGGAAGUAGGCUCUUUUGAGCAAAAGCGUGCUAUAUAUAACUAUAUAUCCGUUUGUCGAGCGCAAAGCCCUUGUAUCUCCAUUCUAUCUACUAUUGAGAUACUGAGCAUCAUAUAUUUAAAAUGUUUCCAUAAAAUUAGUGCAUUCUAGUAUGUGUAUCUUUAUGUAUGUCAAAUGAAAUAACUUUUAAAAGGACUUCAUAAAUCUUUUUAUUUUAUUUUGUAACGAUAUGUUAAACACCCAAAAAAGUUCAUACAAUUGUUUUCUGUAAAAUUGUAUGAUCCAGCAUUCCAAAUUUUAAACAUUAAUGGAAUGUUUAUAGUCUACAUCAACAUUCAUAUGAAUUCAUUUAGUUAUUAAAACAUACAUACCCAGUGGUUAUCCACAAACAGCUGUCAUUCAAAUGUAAUUACAAAUCAUUAGAAUUCAAUUAGGGAUAUAAAACAAAAGCCAACCACAGACACAUUACUCCAUCAUUAAUACAAUUGUUUUGUUGGUAAUGAAAUAACUUGUAACAAUAAAAUGCCUGAACUAUUCAAAAA